AUGUCCCAUCAUGUUCACCCUAACUCCAAAUCUCUCGAAUUACCUCGUCUUAUUAACGCUAUGACCUCUAUAAACCUUAAUAAUAACUUAGCCUUGAAGGACAUUGACUCCAAGCUCAUUAGCCUUGGUCACCUUGCUGGACAGCUUGGAGGAUUUGUUGGUCAAAGUGAGAGUGUUAAGAAAGCCGUUGUGAAUGCUAUUAAAGCCUAUUUUGACAAUAAUCCAAGCCUUAAAAAUGACCUAAAAGAUGUUUACUCUUCUCAUGUUACUAAGCUUUCUGUGUCUGACAAGUCUGCUGACCAGGCUGAUGACACCGUGAAAAUUAGUGAGCUUAGUCAGCUAGUUAGUAAAGAAAUUGCUAAAAUCAGUGCAGAAAUUGAGCAUCUUGAAAAGCAUAAUAACCUCUAUAAUCACUCUCCCCCUUCCCUAUCGCCCUCUGCUGACUCAGCCAAAUUGCAGUCCAAGUUGGAGGCUUUGAAGAAGGUGAAGGAGCUUUGUGGAUUUUAUGAGAAUUCUAAUAAUCAACAAAAUGAGCCUAAAAAUCUCUUAGAUAACCUUUGUGACGGCCUUCAGACUUUCCUCGGCUUCGAUCCUAAUUCCAAAGGCUACACUGGUGAUGGCAUUGUCUACUCCGACUUGGAUAGGCUGUGUGACGGGGUGAUGGGAUUUUUGAGUGGUGUGCUUAAGGAUGUCAGCGACAAACAGCCGUACAAAGUAGGCAGAGAUAUACUUGAAACAUUACUUAGAGACAUUAAAAAUAAUUUAUCCACCGGGCGUGAGGGUUUUAAGGUCAUUGCGCAGGUGGCGGAUAGGGUGAGGGAGCAUAAUGAGAGUGUUAAGGAGUCUAAUAAAAAAGUGUCAGAUCCCAUUGAAAAACUACAAGGAGAGAUGAAGAAUUUGACAACUACGGGCCAUGACUUCACUACGGAGAAUGAGCGAGUGGGCGAGCAGCUGCAGAAGUUUAAGAAACACGCCGAAGCAUUUUGCGGAAGCAUGAGAGAUGCUGAGAAAAACAUUUUAGACCUUAAUAAUGAUUGUAGAACUAAAGUAAAUAGUGCAUUGAAAAUUGUGACGCGUGAGUCGGCGAUUGUUCAUAGGUUUUCAGACAAGGCGAGGGAGGACCUGGACAGGAUGAUGAAUGCAAUUAAGACGACGCUGGAUGAACUGAAUACGCGCAUUAACAUAGAAGUUCGCAAUCAAGUCAGCUUACUAGUCGAGGCCUUAAAAGACAAGGUAACUAUAAUUUUACAACAGGUAAAGAAAAUUAGUAAGACAUUAUCCAAAUGUGUUGUUGAUCUAGAUCAUUGGAUCAUAGCAGCAUGUAAAAUUUGCUACCAAACGGAGCAAGAGGUUGAAACAAUAUUAGGAGAAGUUAAUGAUCGAGAAGGCAGCGACUCUAAUAAUAGAAAUGGUAUUCAGUUGGCUGUCAAGGCUCUACAAAAAAAAAUCAGUGAACUUCACAACGCUGGAAAUAAGGCGCUGGAUAACGUUAGAAAUGAUCUUGGCUUGGCACUUGCUACCGUUGUGGAAAUGGACGGUCAUCUUAAAGGCGAUUUGUAUAAUGUGAAGAACGAAAUAAAGAAAGCGAUUUGGCAGCAUGUCAAGGAAAAUGUCGUGAAGCAUUACGAUACUUUAAAGGAUAAUACUGAAAGAGGCCAAGGUGACAAAAAUAAGGAAAGUAUUGAGUACAAUUGGGCAGUGCUUAAGACGGCAAUUGCGAUGCAUACCCGUGAGGUUUAUGAACACAAAGCAACAAAUCAAAGAGAUGGAUAUCUUGGUAUGAUUGCGGAGGCAAUAAAGAAAUAUGUUAAGAAGCUAGCCGCGGAAAAAGCGGAAGAAAAAAUCUUGCCUGGUUGGAUUGAUAGGUUCUUUGAGAAGGAUAGUAUAUGCAAGCAUUACGUAGCAUUGUAUGUUAAGGAGAAGACAGCUAAUGGAGUGAAUGCCGGCUUGAACGAAGAAGCGGUGAUGGGUGCAAUAAAGCCGAAAAUUAUAGGGCUUGUUGAAGACGUUAAAAUUGAUACAUCAAUAACCGACGAUGCUACCGUAGAAACGAUGCUGAACACCAUUCAUAAAUUUCAUUCAGACGUCGCCGGGGCAAUUGAAAAAGGUGUUGAAAAUAAGAAAGCCGAUGAAAUUGUUGCGCAGAUUGAGCAAACGUUAAAUGUGAAUGGACGACCAAAAUCGACUCCUGAUCCAAAAGAUUAUCUCAAAUACGCAAUUGAAAUGUUGUUGCUUAAACUGCCUCUUAUUGUGAGGAAAACGGCGGAAGGCAUUAAAGCAUUAACAUCCAACGACGCGGGAUACAACCUCGGCAAAAACCUGGAUAAAGCCAUGAAGCAGGUCGAUUAUAUAAAUCAGCAAUUAAAAGGCGGUCGUGACGAUCAGGAGAGUUUCGGCAAAAAGAUAGACACAGCCUUCACUAAGAUUAGGCAUCAGAUUACUCAGCUCAACAAUACUUUAGUGGAAGAGACCUUUAAUAACGCCAUUGGCGAUAUACUCAAUCAGCAGAUAGGAACCGACGGUAAGUCAAUAACUGUUACGCAUUUAGGUGGCAGGCGUAGCGAACAAAGUACUGCUGACAUAAGAAAAAAUAUUAAAGGUUUCACCGAGUAUAAAAAGUACGUUGAGGGUGUGUCUUUGAAAGAUGGCUUGAAAGGAAAACUUCCAGAUGUCAUAAACGAAAUGAAGAUCAAUGUUGAGAAGGCUUUGAAUGACGUUGGAAAAGUUAGCAUUAAGGCUGGAGAAGAACUGGAAGAAUUAGACUCUAAGUUUAACCAACUGUGUAUUGCGAUCUGCAAUGCUGGCACGAAAAUUAAAAGCAAAUUAAGCGACUUAAAGACGCACAAUAUUAUUGAUAAACUUAAAAAAAUCAAAGAAGAGCUCCACAGCCUUAGAAAUGUACAAUUAUGGGAUGCCAUAAAAACUGCAGAAAGUUUCAUAAACGUGGAAGCUGAUAAUCUCAAACAAAAAUACGUAAAUGAACUCCAAAAUUACGUCAGUACAAAUAUUCAUUUUGCCCUCUCCACCCUCUCCACCGCCGCCCGCCGCAACUACGUCUCCUCCGUCAAGCAGCUCCUCACCGCGUUCGCGGACAAGGUCAGCCAGGAGUUGGCAGAGUUGCCGGGGGAGAUUGAGAGGGAUCUGCAGAUCGGGUUCAAGGGGUUGAUGAGAGUGAUGGGAGGGGUUAAUAGUGAAACUGGUGAGCCUGUUGAAGGUUCUGGAACUCCAAGUUUGCUCGACAAAAUAAAUACAGCUGUAUCGUCACAUAAAUCAGGUACGCCCAUUAAGGACACCUUCACUAAAUUAUCCGACGCACUCAAGAACUAUUAUGAUCCGAUUCACAAGUAUAUUAAGGCGCAAAUUAAUACUAAAAAUCCACCCGAGCCUGAGAUCAACAGGGAGACCACCGAGCAGAACACCAAGCACCUCGACACUGCCAACACUAAUUUCGAGAAAUUACUCACCCACCUCAAAAACGACUCUAAACCAUCCAGAACAUAUAUAUUUGAUAAUAAGUUCACUAAUCUACAUUCUUCCCUCUCCUCCUCCCUCUCCCUCCUAUCCCCCUCCGCCUUCGCCAACCCCCGGCACCCGGAGCUGCUCGAUGCGGUCAAAAAGGGGCUGGAUGGGUUUGUCGAGCAGAUGGGGAGGGUGUAUGUGAACGGGUAUGAUGAUGGAAAACCUAUAGAUUGGAAUACGAACAAAUUGAUCGAAACUAAGUCCGAUUCUGAAAAUUCUAGCGGAAAAGAAAAAUUAACGCCUUACGGUGAAAAGUUGUCAAAGGUGUUCCUUAGCACAAUCCAAGUACUAUUCCAAGACUUCUGGGAGUUAUAUAAAGAAUGCGUCGCAAAUAAAAGUGAACGCAUUCGUUUACAUAAUAAAAGCAAGGAUGGCGUUAAGUUGCCCAAUGCACUUGGCGCUUUCUUAGCUAAGCGAGGGUAUAAGGUACCAACGGAGGAAGACAAGCAGGACGGGGAGUUGCAGAAUAAAGACAAAACCAUGACGGGUGAAAAUAUUAAAGCGUUAUAUGAGAAACUGGCGAAAAAUCAAAAGACUCCUCUCCUCAGAGAUAAGGGACCUAGCAUACUCUACUACUUAUACGAGUACCUCAAGAAGUAUUACGAGGUCUGUCAUCUGGAGGUUCGCUCCUCAACCAAACAUCCCGCGAACAGUUAUCAGAUGCUACAGUGGCUUGCCGGUCUGCGGUGGAGUCCAGUAUUCUACUCUCUACGUUGGUAUUUAAGGGAAUUGUUCCCUACGCCAGACCAACAUAAAGGUAAGCCGCGUGAUAAAGUUCCCACAAAUGAUCUCAACCUUGCUGCAACCUCGUACAUCAGGGCACAACAAUUAGUAACCGAUAUGUUGCCAAAUGUUUGUUUACACUCCCAAUCGGUUCUGACUGCCAUCAUGGGUCACGGUCACGCAGGUGGACGUUACGCAGUUGACUUUUAUACGAACGCAGAAAACUUAUCUUACCCUAGCAGAGGCAGUGAUUGUUUUGAUUUACUUGUAGAUAUAUUGGAAAGAUUGUAUCACCAGUUCCGAUUCCUAUACAGUCAGUGCGAGAACGACACCGAUAGCAGCGGAUGGGCCGAUUGCUGGUACGGCCGGGGUGUCGGCGGAUCCAGUUGGAAUUGUAACACCAAGCAGUGUCCUAACCAAAACUGUCCACAACUGGCUGACCAAAACGCUGGCCAAAGAGCCAACCAAAGUGCUGACCAAACGUGUGAUUCGCACCCUAAGUGCGGCCUUAAAUCUCCCUUACAGUCAUUCCUCGAAGACGGGCUGCCAGGGUUCCUGCCACACCAGUUCAAGAAGCCUGGUUGCAAGCUGGACUGCAGUACGGCUAAUCACCGGGGCAUCCCGUGUAAGACCCCUAUGGGCUUUUCUGAUAUCAGUCAACUAGCAUCGCAUACGAAAACGGGCGCCGAUCUCAGAAAGAUUCUAAGAGAUUUCUGCGGCAGAAAUUCGCACCUCCGCUCACUAUGCGCUUGUCUCAUGUGUCUACUCCAGAAACCUCCGCAGACGCUUGGAGAUAUGUUCGCGUUCUACUACAAUUUCAUUGAUGGCUGGAACCUAGAAGGUAAACAGCACAAACAGAUGGCAUUUGAAAAGGCAAUGGCAAAAGCAAAUUUCGGCAUUGCAUAUAAGGAAUUAGAGAUACAUACACUAUUUUCAAGCAGCCACUCAGCGGUUUCGACGGGACAUACCAACGCAAGUCUCGGCAGCCUCGUUUGCACUUCAAUGCCUUCUGCUGUAUGCGGGCCGUAUUUGAGUUCCAUUAGUCACCAUAUCAGCGGAGUUUUUUCUGAGAAAAAUGCCGAUAAAUACAUGUCGUGGGUCGUAUAUCUAACGGAAAGCUUCUACGAUUUACUCAAAAAAUUAUUCCACCAUUCCAUGCUAACCGGGGGUCAAAAGGAUCAAACUGCCUUGGCCAAUUCUGGGCAAGGGUGCCCCAACCUU